AUGAUUGCCGACAGAAUGACUGGGCCUCCACUCGAACUCGAUACACCUGAUCUCCUGCCCGGAGCAACACGCGAGCUCGCCGGGUUCAUAUCAUCUCUGUCGUACGACCAGAUCCCCGCAGAGGUUGUCAGUUAUGUCAAGGAGCUCAUCUUAGACAAUCUGGGUGUCGUUAUCUUCGGUAAUCAGACACCAUGGGCUAAGAUGGUAGGGGAAAUGGCAAUGGAAGCAGGUGCUCAACCUUGUUCCACGAUCUUGGGCCGUAAACUUAAGACCUCUGCUGCACUAGCGGCCCUGACCAACGCUACUGCUGGGCACGGCUUCGAAUUUGACGAGAUCCAUCGCGACAGUGGACAUCAUCCUGGUUCGAUCAUCGUGCCAGUAAUAUUAGCACUCGCAGAGUCGGAAGGUGGCCGCAGCGGGCGCGACUUCAUCACCUCUACAGUUGCUGCAUAUGAGGCUGGGUGUAGAGUCGGCAUGUCAAUGGGACCCGGGUUAUUCUAUCGCGGGCAUCACCCUCAAGGAAGUAUAGGGGUAUUGACUGCCGCUGCAGCAGCGUCCAAGAUUCUUGGUCUCGACGCGGAAAAGACCCAGCACGCUUUGGGCAUCGCAGGCACAAGUGCAGCAGGGUUGAUGGCAGCCCAGGAAGGAGCAAUGGUCAAGCGUAUGCACGCAGGUACAGCUGCGCAAAACGGAGUAUAUGGAGCCAUACUUGCUCGUAAAGGCUUCACGGGGAUUCACAACGUAUUGGAGGCUUCAUUUGGCGGCUUUCUUCAAACAUUCAGCAGCACUCCAAACCCAGAACCUCUAAUUGCAGACCUUGGAACCAGAUGGGAGACUCUCAACGUUGGCUACAAACCAUAUGCAACCGUUGCUAGUAUACACACUGCACUUGAUGGCUUGCUUGCUAUCAUGCGGGAUAAUCAUCUCCACGCUGACGACAUCGAAAGUAUCGAGAUUGGCUGUACAACAGUCACAUUGCACCAUUGUGCUUGGAAGUACAAGCCACAAGGUGUGACCGCGGCCCAGAUGAAUUUGUUCUACUCUUUGGCUGUGAUUGCCAUUGAUGGCGAUGCUGGUAUCAAUGAGUUUUCAGAAGGUCGAUUAGCCGACCCCAGAGUGCUUGACCUUGUGGCUCGAAUGCAAGCCCAUAUCGAUCCCGAGAUUGAGGCAAUGGGUCGCAAGUUUCGCCAUGCGGCUUCAGUCACUCUCACAACAAAGGACGAAAGAUCAUUCAAGAGAACAGAGCUUCACAGAAGAGGCACCAUAGAGAAUCCACCACAUCCUGGCGAUGUGGAGAAUAAAUUCCGGACACUAGUGGGAACCGUGAUGGGUCAGGAGAGUGUACAGAACUUACUGUUGCUUGUUCGAGAUCUGGAAAACAGGGAUUCUCUUGAUGAACUAUUUAGUAUCAUUGCAUAG